AUUAGGUUAUCUAUAAUGGAGAGUUCCCGUUUGUGGUCUUACCAGUUGAUCGAUUGGGAGAACAAAAAAAAAACAAAAACAAACUGCAAACGCAUGAAAGAUGUCAAUGACUUAAAUAAUACGAUAGCCAUGCGAGAGGGAAUGGCAGGCUCUGCGAGGAGGUGGUCAGUGAUGACAAUCCCGCAGCUCCUGCUCUUGUUCCUGAUAAAAUGCUCCGGAGCGCAAGGCUUCAGCCUACAAAAACGAGAGCUCCGGGAGAGGUUUAUGACAGGCAACAAAAGUUUUGAGUGUUCGCCCUCGACGGGCUGUUUCCAAUGUGCUUAUUCCGAGAAGAUUGAUGAAAAGUACCAUUGUAGUGAAACUGGCCAUAGAAUGUCUUACAAAUGCAUAGAAGUCCGAAAUAACUUCAAGGAAGUCAACAAGGAACAAGUUGGAAAGGAUAGUUACAGCAUGAAAGAUGAGCAUCGGGAAGGAAUUACUAGUGGAUAUAAAGAUGUAAAAUUACAAAAUCCACAAACUCAAAACACGGAGGGUCAAUCCAAUGAUACUAGAAACAAAGAUGGAAACUGGAGAAGAUUAUCUGAAACUUCACGUACUAUAGAAGAUACCAAGCAGAUUUAUUAUAUUUAUAGGAGCUGUGUACCACCAGCAUCUGAAGAAAUUUUAGGCAUUUUUGGUUUUGAGGGUAUCAUUUUAUGCUUGCUGCUAAUAUGUUCUCCAAUUAUGUACUUUAGAAAAAAGCAGAGUGUUGUGAUCGCUGGUGCAACAAGAAUACCUACCAACUCAAGGUUUUGAAAUAUUUUUCUCUAUGUUGAUGUGAUCAAUCUUUCUUAUUUUUCAAUAUGUAAUAUAGAAAAAAGCACAGAUUUAUAAUGACUGGUGCAACAAGAAUACCUACCAACUCGAGGUUUUCAAAUGUUUUCUCCACGUUUAUGUGAUUAUUCUUUCUUAUUUUAUAUGAUUUAUAAAUGUGUAAAUGGAUAAAUCUGUCAGAUCUUAAAUGUUUGACAUUCCUUAGAUGAAAAUCUACUUGUAAUUUCUGGUUUGGCUUGAUACAAUAAGAUUUGUGGCAUUUUUAUUAGAUAUACAAUCAUACUAAUUUCAUUC